AUGGAGAAUGAGUGUUCGGCCAUUGAAAAGUUGCUGGGCUUUUGGCGCUCUCCAACAUACUGGUCUUGGAGCUGUAGUGAUAUCUUGAGGAAGUCGGGGAGAAUGGGUGAUGUCGACAAGAAAAUCACCCAUGUUCUCUUUUGCGGGCCACAUUUCCCUGCUUCUGAGGAUUACACAAGAGAAUAUUUGAUCGAUUACCCUUUUGUCCAGGUCGAUGAUGUACCCCUUGCUGAUGUGCCUGAUGUUAUCGAGAACUAUGAUAUCUGUAUAGUGAAAAGCAUGAAGCUAGAUUUUGAUGUUCUCUCUCGUGCGAAAAAGAUGAAGCUUAUAAUGCAGUAUGGUGUUGGACUGGAAGGCGUCGAAAUUGAUGCUGCAACUAAGUUUGGGAUUAAAGUCGCUAGGAUUCCGAGUCAUGCAACUGGAAAUGCAGCCUCAUGUGCAGAAAUGUCCAUUUAUCUCAUGUUGGGCCUUCUUCGAAAACAAAAUGAGAUGCAAAUUUCUAUAAAGCAGAGAAAGCUUGGAGAUCCAAUUGGUGAAACACUACUUGGAAAAACAGUUUUCAUUUUAGGUUAUGGAAAUAUUGGAAUGGAUUUGGCAAAGCGCUUGAAACCAUUUGGUGUGAAAAUUAUUGCAACAAAACGGAAUUGGGACACUCACUCAGAAGAUUUGUGCCAAUCAAAUGGAUUAGGUGACUUGGUUGACGAGAAGGGUGGUCAUGAAGAUAUCCAUACAUUUGCAGGCAAUGCAGACAUUGUUGUUUGUUGUUUGUGUUUAAAUAGUGAAACAGUUGGCAUUGUAAACAAAUCAUUUUUAUCAUCGAUGAGAAAGGGUGCCCUUUUGGUAAAUAUUGCCCGAGGGGGUCUCUUGAACUAUGAAGCUGUUCUAAAUUACCUCGAGUCCGGAUACUUGGGUGGCUUGGGCAUUGAUGUUGCUUGGACUGAGCCAUUUGAUCCUGAUGAUCCCAUUUUGAAGUUCAAUAAUGUACUGAUCACACCUCAUGUUGCAGGAGUUACCGAGUAUUCUUACAGAUCCAUGUCAAAGGUAGUUGGUGAUGUUGCCAUUCAACUUCAUGAAGGGAAGCCUUUGACAGGACUGGAGUUUGUCAACUGAUUCAGUUUAGAGCCUAGAUGAUUUGGGCGUAUGUAAUAAUUGGUACAUUGAGGACUAGUAUUUGUAAUUGGAAGGAUCUGUAGCUUUUAUGAUCAUUUUUUAUUGAAGUUGAUAAUGAAUAAGAUUAGUGAAUCACUUGUAGAGCACAUACAAGUGAUACAACUUCUAUCCCUCAAAAUUACAGAGGAUUUCACAAUCACUUAUAAAUACAUUACACUC